AUGAAAUGGUUCACAAAGAUAAUAAGGAUGGCAAUGAUAUGGAUUCUUGCCCUCUGUUCACUUCCGUUCCCUGCUCUCCUUCCUCAGGGCCUUCAAUUCACGUCUGCCACAAGGCGCCUCUAUGCUGUUCCCAAUGCGCCCAACCGGCCUGUCCCCAGGGGAGGGUCCAACGCUCGCUUCUACGCGCUGCAUGAUGCAGACGGCUCUUUCCUCACCUCCUCCUCUCCAGACUUCCCCAGCGCCGCCCGCCCAGCCUACCUCGUUGCUCCGUUCCACCCGAUCCUGCCGCCAGCCUCGGUCCGAACCUCUCUCUGCCAGUACCAUGACACGUGGUCGCUCUACUCGUGCAGGUCUGUCUGCUACCGAGCCAUCGCCCUGACCUACCUUGAGUAUGGCGUGCCGAACCUAUCGCCGAAGCUGAUCAAAAAGCGCCGGAUCCGACCCUACUCCACAGCAAAGGGGUUUUACCCUAAGAAUAUGACGGUUCGAGUGCUGGACAAAGGGGGGUGCGCUGGAGGGCUGGAGCUGAGGAUCCCCAUGUCGGGGAAAAGGGGGUCGGAGCCCGAACCGCUUGUAUCAGCGCUGCACGUACCGCAACAAGCAACCGACCCUGGCGCUCAGCUUCGGCCGAGCCUACGCGAAGUACAGUGGAGCGAGCAUCGUGCUGGGGAGGAUGAGAAGCCAAACGUGCCCUCCAGUGAAGUGCUGAGGAUUCAAACUGCCAGCAACCACACCUCGUGGUAUGGCAGUAAGGUGGCAUGGCAGCAUGGUGGCACGCGGCAUAGGAUAAUGGAAACAGUAAGGUGA